AUGGCCGAACAAUCAUCUCACAGAUUAGACCUCCGAGUGGGUGGAAAAUACCGACUCGGCAAGAAGAUUGGUUCAGGCUCUUUUGGGGACAUCUACCUCGGGAUCAACAUCAUCUCGGGCGAAGAGGUUGCUAUCAAGCUCGAGUCGGUCAAGGCUAAACACCCACAGCUUGAAUAUGAAUCCAAGGUCUACAAGAAUAUCGCCGGUGGCGUCGGCGUCCCGUUUGUCCGUUGGUUUGGGACCGAAUGCGACUACAAUGCGAUGGUUCUCGACCUUUUGGGACCUUCUCUCGAGGACCUUUUCAAUUUCUGUAACAGGAAGUUUAGUUUAAAGACCGUGCUGCUUCUCGCAGAUCAACUCAUCUCCCGUAUCGAAUACAUCCACUCUCGCAAUUUUAUUCAUCGCGAUAUCAAACCCGACAAUUUCUUAAUGGGGAUUGGCAAACGAGGAAACCAAGUCAACGUCAUUGACUUUGGUCUGGCCAAAAAGUUUCGGGACCCAAAAACCCAUUUACAUAUUCCCUACCGCGAGAAUAAGAACUUGACGGGUACUGCCCGUUACACUUCUAUCAACACUCAUCUGGGUGUCGAACAGGCUCGUCGUGACGACCUUGAAUCCCUCGCUUACGUUCUAAUGUACUUUCUCCGCGGUGCUCUUCCAUGGCAAGGUCUGAAAGCUGCUACUAAGAAGCAGAAAUAUGACCGUAUCAUGGAGAAGAAGAUGACUACUCCCACCGACCUUCUUUGCCGUGGCUUCCCGAACGAAUUUGGCAUUUUCUUAAACUACACACGUGCCCUUCGGUUCGACGACAAGCCUGAUUAUUCUUAUCUUCGUAAGCUCUUCCGUGAUCUAUUUGUUCGCGAGGGCUACCAGUACGACUACGUUUUCGAUUGGAGUGUUCAGAGGACUCAGGAGGAAAGUAACGGUGGCAAGGCUACUGCUGGUCGUCGCAAGGUCGUCCAGGAGGACGAUGAACACCGUCAGAGCGACCGGAUGUAA